AUGGCUACUGAAAUUCCCAGGCGGGGGACGAGAUUUGAGGCAAGUUUCCUUACUCUACACGUCUGUGCUCGUGCUCGUGCAAAAUCGCAACCCUCCUGCUUUGUCCGUAGACUCUUCCCGUCUGAGCAUGACCUAUUCAGACAAAGCGUCAGAAAAUUCUUUGAAGCGGAAGUUGUUCCAGAUAACACAAAGUGGGAGAAGGAUGGUCAAGUAAGCAGAGAGGUCUGGGAAAAGCUGGGAGUCAAUACAACCAAGGAACACGGUGGCAUUGGUGGCGAUAUCCUUUCUUCUGCUAUUGUAUGGGAGGAAUUGAUGUAUGUGAACUGCAGUGGGCCAGGUUUUGGUUUACAUUCGGACAUUGUUAUGCCUUACAUCACACACUACGGUUCCAAAGAGCAGAUUGAGCAUUAUAUUCCUCAGAUGGUUGCUGGAAAAUGUAUUGGUGCUAUUGCAAUGACAGAACCUGGUGCUGGCAGUGAUUUGCAAGAAGUGAAAACAUAUGCCAAAAAAGAUGGGAGCGAUUGGAUUCUCAAUGGCAGCAAAGUUUUUAUAAGUAAUGGUUGGCUGAGCGAUGUGGUAAUUGUUGUUGCUGUUACGGAUCAUGAGGCAAAAUCGUGAGCCCAUGGGAUUAGCCUCUUUCUUGUGAAUAAUGGCACAAAGGGAUUCAUAAAAGGACGAAAACUGGAGAAGAUUGGUUUGAAAGCACAGGAUACAGCUGAGCUUUUCUUUGAAGAUGUUCGUCUGCCGGCUACUGCUCUACUGGGGCAAGUUAAUAAAGUAUUCUACUAUCUAAUGAAUGAACUUCCUCAGGAGUGGUUAAUAAUAGCAGCCAUGGCACUUGCCAGCUGUGAAUUCAUGUUUGAAGAGACCAGAAGUUAUGUGAAACAGAGAAAGGCUUUUGGGAAAACAAUCGCUGAUUUGCAGACUGUGCAGCACAAGCUUGCAGAAAUAAAGACACAAAGUUGUGUGGGAAGAGCAUUUGUUGACAGUUGCCUGCAGUUGCAUUUGGAGGGUCAGCUGGAUUCCGCAUCUACCUCUAUGGCCAAGUAGUGGGCAUCUGAACUCCAGAAUAAUAUAGCUACCCAGAGUGUACAACUUCAUGGAGGAUGGGGAUAUAUGUAAUACCCAAUUGCAAAAGCUUUUGUGGAUUCUCGUGUGCAGCCAAUUUAUGGUGGUGCAAAUGAAAUAAUGAAGGAGUCCAUUGGCAAAAGAAUUGUGAGAGAUCAAUAA